UUAAAUAUCCCCUUCCUAACUUCCCCCGAAAAACGCAGGAGGAUUGGACUCAGUCCACCGAAGCGUGUGCACGCACGCAAGCACCCGCACGGCCAUGGCCGCAACCGCAGCCGCCGCCUCCUUCUCCUCCCCUCCCCUCCCCCGAAACCCUAGGUAGCACGAGAGCCCCCACCACCAGAUCCCCGAAGCCCCCACCCCCGCGCCGAUCUGAGCUCCCGCCGCUAGAUUUCCGGGGCGAAAGAGCGCGUCUUUUUAGCAGUUUUUUUUUUCGGGUGAUUUUGGGAAGGAGAGAGCUCGAUGGAGCCGCGGGUCGGGAACAAGUUCCGGCUCGGGCGCAAGAUCGGGAGCGGCUCCUUCGGGGAGAUCUACCUCGGUACUAAUAUCCAGACGAACGAGGAGGUCGCGAUUAAGCUGGAAAAUGUGAAGACAAAGCAUCCUCAGUUACUAUAUGAAUCAAAGAUUUAUAGGAUUCUGCAAGGAGGAACUGGAAUCCCAAACGUCAGAUGGUUUGGUGUAGAAGGAGACUACAAUGUCUUGGUUAUGGAUUUGCUUGGGCCAAGCCUGGAGGACCUAUUUAAUUUCUGUAGCAGAAAAUUAUCUCUAAAGACUGUACUUAUGCUUGCUGAUCAGAUGAUAAAUCGAUUGGAAUUUGUCCAUUCCAAGUCUUUUCUACAUCGAGACAUCAAGCCAGAUAAUUUCCUCAUGGGUCUUGGUAGGCGGGCUAAUCAGGUCUACAUUAUAGACUUUGGCCUUGCCAAAAAAUACAGGGAUACCUCAACUCAUCAGCACAUCCCAUAUAGAGAGAACAAGAACUUGACAGGAACAGCAAGAUAUGCUAGUGUGAACACCCAUCUUGGCAUUGAACAAAGCCGAAGAGAUGACUUAGAAUCUCUUGGAUAUGUACUUAUGUACUUCCUGAGGGGCAGCCUUCCUUGGCAAGGUCUUAAAGCAGGAACAAAGAAGCAAAAGUAUGAGAAAAUCAGCGAGAAGAAAGUUGCAACAUCAAUUGAGGCUCUAUGUCGUGGGUAUCCUACUGAGUUUGCAUCAUAUUUCCAUUAUUGCCGUUCAUUGCGGUUUGAUGACAAACCUGACUAUUCCUACCUUAAGCGACUGUUCCGUGACCUUUUUAUCCGGGAAGGUUUUCAGUUUGACUAUGUGUUUGACUGGACAAUACUGAAGUACCAACAAUCUCAAAUUGCCACUGCUCCACCCCGUGCUGCAGGCCAUGGUGCGGGACCUUCUGGGUUGGCACCUGCAUUACAGAAUGACAGGCAAUCUGGUCCUGAGGAAGCAAGGACUAGUGGUUGGUCACCGAUGGAUCGACGUCGUACCCCACCCCCUAUUACAAGUGCGGGGACAUUGUCUAAGCAGAAAGCACCUGUAGGGAAUGAUGUUCCUGUUUCUAAAGAUCCUGUGAUAUCCGGUUCAAAUUUUUUGGGAUGGUCAAGUGGAUCUUCAAGGAGACCUGCUGUUUCAUGCAGCCGUGAUGUGGUGGCUCCUGAGAGUUCUGAGCCUUCACGAGGACGUACAACUGAUGCAAGUCCUGGGGCAUUCCGUAGAGCCUCAGGUCCUCACAGAAGCUCGCCUGUCCAUUCUGCAGAACCAAUGCGUUCAUCUUCAGGUCGGCAUUCAUCUAAUAUUAAGAACUAUGAUUCUGCUCUCAAAGGCAUUGAAGGUCUUAAGUUUGAUGGCGAUGAGAGGGUUCGGUACUAGAGCUGCAAGAAAUUCUACAUCUACUCUGUAAAAAUCAUAGUCAGGAGGCUGGCUAGCAUUGUGUUUCCUGUUGAGUUUUGGAUCACAGGAAAUAAAAUGCUGGGAAGAGGAUGUGAUCACUUGAAGCGCAUUUACCAGGUGCCUCUGGGCACGGUAAAUAAAUGGUUGUCUGAGGCGCAUGAAGCCUAGCUCUCAUAAUGCUAUGUAAAUGUCUUUAUAGUUGGUUUGUCAGGCGCCCCUUGAGUUCAUCAGUCUGUCUUAUUGUUCUAUUCUUUCCGGUGCUCCAUUUCGAGAAGCAAAAUCUCGGGAUAAUCAAGCUCAACUGGUAAAACUUGUAUUUGGAAAACUGGAAUUCGAGCAUGUAGAAUUUUUUCAUCAGUUCAUUGAACAAAUGUCUGAACAUAUUCCUGACUAGUAAAUUGAUAUGUAAAUACUGUUGAUGUCA